UUCAUCUGUGUAAAAACAGUGGAGCCGAUGAGUGCAUCUCAUUGGUCCAACUUGACCCUUCACCUGGAGGAGUCCCUGACCAAUGCCUUGGGUCAUUUCCUUGACAACUGGAGGCGUAAUGCGACAGCUGCAGAGAACGCUUUGGACAAGACUCUGGCUGAGGAGAACUUUAGAAACGUCAUCUGGUAUCUGGCGGUGAUGAUUGGCAUGUUUGCUUUCAUUAUUGUGGCCAUGCUGGUGAGCACAGUCAAAUCCAAAAGAAGGGAGCACUCUAAUGAUCCCUACCACCAGUACAUCAAAGAGGACUGGACUGCUCAGUUGCAACAGGGCGAUAUCAUAAAUAACUAUGCAGCUAAAUAA